AUGUCUGAUUACGACCACGUAUCACGAAGUUCGCUCAAGCUGAAGCACGAUGGACUCAGUGCCAGCAAGAAGAACAAAAAGAAGAAGAAGAAGGAAAAACUAGAAAAGAAACAGCUAGAAUUGGUGGAGCAGACCUUACUGGACAAUUCUACAACUGCAACGACCUCCACCAGUCAGGCUCAUGACAAGUCAAAGGCUACUGAUAGCACUUCGUGGAUGACUGAAGCCCAGAAAAAGUUUUUGGCGCAGCAAGAAAAACGCCAACUAGCUCGGGUGAUGGAAAAAGCCACCAAAUCGCACAAACAACGUGUUGAGGAGUUCAACAAUCAUCUGGAGAAUCUAUCUGAACACUACGACAUACCCAAGGUGAGCUGGACCAAGUAA